AUGUCGGAUGCAGAAGAAGACGUACACCGAGAAACCGACGAUGAGGAUGAGACUACAGAUGAAGAAGAGGAAGAUAGCAUAUUAGCCAAGACUAAUGCAGCUACCUCUUCAUUGAAAGCUAUUUUUGAGAAUCAGGCCAGUAAAGAUGAUCUUGAUCAAUUCAUGGAACAACAUAGCGAAGUUAUAAAAUAUGUUGAGGAUAGUGGGACAACAUUUUUGCACAGAAUCGUCAAUUUGGUGUCUGAUAGGGAUAACGGGAAACCCGUCAAUGCCUUAAACAUCAAGCCGCUGGUUGCGAGAAUCAUACAAAUGUAUCCAGAUCAUUUACGAAAUAGGAAUGAAGAGAGCCAAACUCCACUUUAUCGGGCCAUUUACCUGAAGAGAUUCACUUGGAAUCUAAUUGAGCCUAUGCUGAGCAGCUGCUCAGAUGACCAGAUCAUUGAAGAUGUUCUUGGGGCAACUUGUAGUAAGGGAGAAUCUUUGAAAACUUGCCUCACAUUGGCGUUUGAAAAAGAUCUCAAGCUGAAGGCACUUCAAACUUUGAUAAAACACGCGACUGAGAACUCCUUGAAGCUUACAGACGGUUCCGGGAUGACGCCUUUUCACCGCGCAGUACAAUAUGAGCAAUGCGACGACAAACGAAUUGGGAUUAUCAAAUUACUUCUUCAGAAAGACACUAAAAUCCUCGCUGGGCUGAAAGAGGAUGCACCAUUUCAGCCAGUGGAGAGUUUUUUAGAUGUUAAAUAUAAGAGAAUGGAGGGUAGCUCCAAAUACGAGGUGGAAUAUUCCGUAUAUACAGAGCAUGAGAGAUCGUCAAAGGCUUAUUUGGCAAGUGAAAAUAAGAAAAAGUCUCAGGCCAUGUUACGGGAAAAUCCUCCACGUCAAUCAAACAACAGGGAGGUGGAUAUUGAUCACCCUGGUCGAGAUAAAAAUACUCCCAAGACUCUCAUCGAAAACAGCCUCCUGAAGAACCAAAACACGCUAGAGUACGACGACAGAAUUAGAAACCCCGAUAAUGAAAGCGAGAGACAUGAGAAAUUAUCUGAGCACUUAGAUGAGAUUGAGAGAGAACGACAGCGGCUCAGAGCAGAAGAGGGCAAGAAAUUGAAGGCGAAUGAGGAACAAGAGAGUAAAUUUAAGGCAGAGAGAAAGAAUUUGCGAUAUCCAGGCUCGGAUUACGGUAACUCUCUUACAAGGCAGCCUCGAGAGAAAGAAUCGCCGAAUGAUGCAAUACCAAACAAACCCAAGAUUGCUUUGACUGCAGUUGGAAGUGAUCACGCGCCAAAUACUCCAUUAAAAAGGGUUUCUACGACUACAUUCAGUGCUGAUAAAGAGAAAAGGAAAGCAGCGACAAAGAGUACCCAGAAGAAGCCAGAUUCCAAGAUGUUGGCUAAAAACUCAGCUGUUAUUCUUAAGAUGCUAAAGCUUCAUUAUAUGCGAACGAGGAGCAUCGAAAUGGCUACUUCAUUUCUCUAUGGCAAGAGUAACCUGAAUGAUGUUCAAAUUUAUUUUGACUACGGUGGUCUUCCGCCCGAGAUACAUGACAAUGUUUUCUUGGAGAGAUUUGGGGAGGAUGAAAAGAGCGGUAUUCGGUUUGACGAAGUCCUGAUGUAUGCGAGGUUCCCAAACGUAACUGUUAUACGUAAUGGAAGGAAGGCUCCCAAGCCCCGAGCGCCAGGCCGACAAGAUAUGGAAUUCUUUUUCGAUUGGCUUUAUAAUAAAGGCGUACGCCGCAUUCUGAAAGUCGAAGUACACGACAGUGGAGAGAUUCCACACAGCGACGAGGCAAUCUACAACUCAAUGCGCAGGAUUGUGGUUGAACAUCUUGACUGGUCAAAGCCAGACUUGGAUCCUCAAAUCAUUCGUCAAAUUAGCGAAAAUACCGAAACAUGUAACGCCGACCCCGAAAGCAAUUUGACCGGCACUAGAAAUGAGUUGCGGGAGCUUACUCUCAAAUGGAGCGGUAAUAAUGCUGUCCUACGGUCGUGGAGCGAGAUUGAAGGCCUACCGCAACUACCGAAGUUACGGGUUGUUAAUCUCAGUAUUCCAGCACAGUCCAAUUUAUAUGACUCUAGAAGCUGGGUACAGUCGAACAUUGACAGAUUUCGAACUCGCUUGAACCGCAGUGCCAACUAUAACCGCGAUGCUAGACAAGCGACGGACUCCAAAGUGAUAGACGAACCAGAACUUACUAAGGCUUCAACAGAAGAGAAGAACGAAAAGCGAAAUCCCACGCCAGAAAAGGAGCGCAAGAUUGAGGUUAUCGUACGGGAGAGCGACAAGGAAGUUGACCGUCCCACAUCAUUAAAUAAUAUCUCUAAAGCGACUGAAAGGUUCAACCCUAUAACCGAGCACGAAUGGCUCAACUGCAUGGAAAGAUUCGCAGGAUGCAUGAGCAUAUUUUGGCAAGAAACGUUAAAGAGAUCUAAAGAAAGCGUCGAAAAAGACAAUAACAAUCGCAUGUUUGACAAAGACACCACUCAGAAUCUCAAUAGCUUGAAAAGAGAUGUUGUUGUUGCCUUAAUAGAUGACGGAGUUGACUCUUGCGAUUCUACUUUUGCAGGCCGCGUAAUUGAGGGCAAAACAUUUGACUAUCGAGACGGAAGUGUAGGACAGUAUUACAUCUCAGCGAGAGGCCACGGUACAGAAAUGGCGAGGAUGAUUCUGAAAGUCUGCCCUAUGGCGAGCAUCUACUCCAUCCGACUCAAAACACACAUCAGUCCGGAUAAAGGGCAAGUUACAAUCGAUGCAACCUCUGCCGCAUUGGCUAUUGAAGCAGCGUUAGAGAAGAAGGCCACCAUAAUUUCCAUGUCGUGGACAAUACCAAUACCUCCAGAGGGAAGCGAAGAAAAAAUACUGCUGGACCGUGUACUUGACAGAGCAUGCGCACAAAAGGUACUAAUGUUCUGCUCGUCUUCGGAUCAGAUUAAUGCUACUCAGCAUUAUCCCUCAGCUUUCAGACGCCAUAAAUUCUUCCUGAUAGGUGCUGCGCAUGACGAUGGCACUGCUUUCGGCCACGCAGGGAAGAAUAACGACUUCAUCUUUCCCGGAGUCAAUGUAAACACUACUAAAGGUGCUAGCUUGCCGUCAUAUCUAGCCCACAGGACCUCGUCGACUAAAGAGUCGACAGGCUCUAGUAUUGCAACUGCUCUGGCAGCUGGACUCUCAGCUGCUAUUCUGUACUGUUUCAAAGCGAGCGCGUUAGGCCUCGCUGCAGCGCGGAUGCAACAGGGCAAAAAUUACGUGGCUGGAUCUGAGCUCGUCAGGCCAACAGACGUUGAAAGGAUCACAGAUCGGGAUGUUCUUAAAGCAGCUUUCAAUAGAAUCGGCAAGAUGGAGAGUGGGCAAUUUAUUCAAGUUUGGGACCGGUUCGACCCCGCCAGCCAAGUCUUAGAGGCUGAACUUGGAUAUGAGGAAAAGCUUACGUGUAUCAUGAAUCUUUGUUCAAAUCUCAUUGAGCGCUAG